AUGGGAACACAGCCCGAUAACAGAAUACUCCGUCGAGCCAAGGCAUGCAAUACAUGCCGGCGAAAGAAAGUGAAAUGCGAUGGGAAACGGCCUAUUUGUUCGUCAUGUAAUACAUUCAACCUAUCUUGUACUUUUCAGGAUGUCGUGAGACAGCCAAGCCGCUCGGGCCCAGCAUAUAUCGAAGAACUAGAGCGCCGGGUCAAGAGCUUGGAGCAGCAAUUGCAGCAACAAGUCCGCUUAGGACAUGAAACUCAACAGAAUGCGGAUGCUCAGGAGCUGGCUUCAAUAAAUAUCGCUGCGACCAUCACGGAUGGUAAUAGUAACGAUGCUACGGGAAAUACCUGCAGGAGACUUGGCCGGAUUCCAGAGAAAGGUGGCUCUAGCAACCCGGAUGGCGACGGAGCUGAUCAAGCCUCUAGUGUUGUUGAAUCAAACGAUGGCAAAAUGCGAUUUUUCGGAGCAUCUUCCGGAUUCUGCGCACCUUCUUCCACUCUUGAAGCGGGCGAACAGGAAAGCAAGAAUUGGACAGCGGCAUGGCGCACAGCAACACAACAGAAUGCUAGUCGAUGGCAGCUGACAAGCUGGAUCCCUCGCACAUUACAAGAUGGGUUCGACCAACGUGUCUUCCGGUCUUUGCCAUCCAAGCAAACAACCGUACAGCUGGUAGAGGAAUUUUUUGCAACCUUCAAUCAAGCUAUCCCACUAUUUAACGAACUAUCCUUCAAGAGCCUACUCGAGAAACAAUUUUGCUGGAACCCCGACGACAGUCCUUCAUGGUGGGUGUCACUCAACAUUGUCCUGGCCUUCUCGUACAGAGAAAGGGCCCACGCAUCUUCAGACGCAAGCGACAACUGGCAGUCAUGCUUCGGACACGUCCGCAACGCAAUGAAUGCCGUGGCCGAGCUUUUCAUGCGCAAUACAGACCUCCUAGCUGUUCAAGGGAUACUAGGAUUGGCUCUGUUUUUCCAAGGCACACCAAACCCGCAAGCACUUUUUAUGCUUGCAGCUGCCGCAAUGCGCAUGUCGCAUUCUAUUGGGCUACACAGGAAUAAUAUACCCCGGUUAACACCAGUGCACAUCGAGGAACAGCGCAGAACAUACUGGGUUGCAUUUAUCUUAGAUGCUGAUAUCUCUCUUCGAGUUGGUCGUCCGCCGAUUCAGGACUUGGAGGAUUAUGACGCACCUUUGCCGGCUGAGAUCCCUCAUGAUGGGAAGGGUAUGAUCCGUCUUGAGGGGAUUGAGAUUAAUUUCUUCCGUCUGCUUGCGCAAUUUGCUUUGAUCCAACGGCGUCUCUAUAAGAGUCUUUACACGGUUGCUGUGCAUCGACAACCUCAAGUGAACAUGGUAGGCGAAGUCAAAGCCUGUGAAGAAGCCCUUCAAGAAUGGAGGGACAUGAUUCCUCUUACCCUCCAGCCUCAGCGCGCAUUUGCUAUCGCACCCGAUUACUUUCUACAGCAUUUCCUACGAUUACACUUUGCAUACCAUUUCUGCUACGCAAAUCUUCACCAGGUUUGCAUGCUCAGGGGCCAGACUGACAGAUCCACAAGCCAAAGCGCUGGAGAAGGGAUCAAUUCAACCAUUAUACAGUCACUUGAAUCAGCACGGUCUGCUGUCGAGUUACUAAAGUAUAUUCGCUUGCUAGGAUUCACAUAUGAAUGGAACGUGCUUUACUUCCCCGCAACAGCUUCAGUGACACUAGCUCUGCAUAUAAUGGUAUGCCGGAAUCACGAACAGGCUCAAGCAGAUCUUUCCGCGGUUUGUCAGACGGUCGACUUUCUGUCUGGUGUCUCAUCUAGGGAACCUGGUACUUACGUUGAGUAUAUCCUAGGUAUAUGCUCUGAUUUACAGAAUACUGCUGUGCGGUAUCUUACCCACGCUCAAAAUGACAAUCGCCAGGAAAUAUCCGUUGCAGAUGAGAAAAACGGGAGAGAUAAGGACAAAUGUAUAAGUACUCAUAUGGACACCACGGUUUCUACAGUGGGGUUGACAAGUGACGACCCUGCAAGCAACUUUGCGAAUGGGCGCUCUGAGAACGGGAAUUUCGGGGCUUUAGAUGAUUUGGAUGUGAAUUGGCAAUGGCCAAUUUCUCCAUUCUGGAACUGGCAGGAUCUGAAUGGAUAGCAUGCGGGAUAAACGAAUAUUAUUUAGACCUGGAU